AUGCGGAGGAAGGAGAGGGAAGAGGCGGCUCUUGCAGAGAGGAUCAGAAGGAUACAGGGCGAGAUAGACAAGGCGAGCCACUCGAUGAAGAAUUUAGAGAGGGCGAGCAUGGAGGCAGACAGCAAGGAGGAGCCGACGGUGCAUCGAAAGGUCUCCAACGCCUCAGGCUCCGUAAGAGCGCUCAAGAUCGCUUCGGAGCAAGUGGAGGAGCUGGUCGCUCAGCGGGACGACAUGGAGGCCUUGCGUGUGAAGAUGCUCGACGAACUGAAGAAGAUGAGGAGGGGACUAGAGGAUAUGAGUAGGAAGGCUGAUCCCGAAGCCUCGUCCUCCAGGGUCUGGCCUCUCAUGUCGGCACAAGAGCAGGAGAUGCAGGAGGUUGCGAGCGAGAUGGCGCGGGUGCUGCUGAGGACAGGAUCGUACUUCCACAGCAGCAUCGAGCGACAGCAACUUGCUGGGCUCAAGGCUCUGAUUGAAGACGUAGACGAGCUUGUGACUCCCCUCUUCUGCUCACUAAGACCGCAGGAGAUCCGGAGGCUGGAUGAGGAUAGAAAAAGGUGUCACGUGCUGCAAGGGGAGGAGGAAGAAGAGGAGAAGAAGAUAGCCGGGCUCAAGGAGCAGAGAGACUCGCUGAAGGAGGUCGUGGUGACUGAGACGGAGAAGCUGGGAGCGAUGGAUCGCCGGUUGACAAAGCAGAAGAUCAGAGGAGAGGAAGUGAAGGAGGAGGACGAGAGAAGCUUGCGGGAGCUCGAGCUCAAGAUCCAGAGGAUGUCAGAAGAAGUCGCCGAGCUCACAGAGGAGCUGCAGACGCGGAGGAGGAAGCAGGAAGGACAGCAGGAGCGUGUCGGGGACGAAGCUCAAGAUCUUGAGGAGACAAGAGAACGCUGA